AGCAUAAAUUGACGUGACAGCGGUACUUUAGAAAUGUUAGCAUUAGGUUAGUUCGGAACUAAAUAAUCCGUGCUAUGAGUUAGUGAGGCGGGGAGGCUGAUCAAUUGGAUGGACACAGAUAGCAAUUUCCUGUUUCCAACACUGAAGAGGAAGGGAAGCUGAAGCAGUUUUGAUCGCUGCAUUCGUCAGACCAGAUUUAAAAAUGCCGAAGAAGAAGACUGGUGCUCGUAAAAAGGCAGAAAACCGCAAAGAGCGAGAGAAACAAAUGCGAGCAAACCGGGACCAAGUUGACUUAGCAAAACAUCCUUCCAAUGCUUCAAUGGAAUGUGACAAGUGCCAAAGACGGCAGAAAAACAGAGCCUUUUGCUACUUCUGUAGCUCGGUACAGAAGUUACCAAUCUGUGCCCAGUGUGGAAAAACUAAAUGCAUGAUGAAAUCUUCCGAUUGUGUGAUAAGACACCCCGGGAUACACAGCACUGGUCUAGCAAUGGUGGGGGCAGUCUGUGACUUCUGUGAGGCAUGGGUGUGCCAUGGAAAGAAAUGUCUUGGCACACACGCCUGCAUCUGCCCCCUUGUAGAUGCAGAUUGUAUUGAAUGUGAAAGAGGAGUCUGGGAGCAUGGAGGAAGAAUAUUCCGCUGCUCUUUCUGCGACAACUUCCUGUGCGAAGAUGAUCAGUUCGAGCAUCAAGCCAGCUGCCAGGUUCUGGAAGCAGAAACAUUUAAGUGCAUUUCCUGUAACCGCCUUGGGCAACAUUCUUGUCUGCGCUGUAAGGCUUGCUAUUGUGGUGAUCAUAUCCGCAGCAAAGUGUUUAAACAAGAGAAGGGAAAAGAACCACCCUGCCCCAAGUGUGGGCACGAAACACAGGAAACCAAGGAUCUCAGCAUGUCCACUCGCUCUCUGAAGUUCGGACGACAGAGUGGGGCGGAUGACGGAGAUGGUGCCUCAGGUUAUGAUGCCUACUGGAAGAACCUGGCAUCAGGAGGCGGGGCUGGAGGGGAUGAGGAUUACGAUGACGAGGAGUAUGGAGACGACGAAGACGAUGAUGAUGAUGAUGAAGAUGAGGAAGAAGAUGAUAAGGAGUCUGACACUGAGGCCUCUGAACCUUUCUCUGAUCUUAAUCUGGGGAGAACCUAUGCCAGUGGAUACGCCCACUACGAGGAAUCCCAAAACUAAACAGGGCAUGUAUCGUUUAUAUAGUUGCUGUAUACUUGAGUACUUGGACGUACCAAAAUAAUACAAAUUUGAAAUUGCUAGCAAAAAGUUGUUUGAUUUUGUUUGUACAACUUGUUAAAAUGAAUUGUAUUACUUGUGCUUUUAUUGUCAUAUUUAAACAAAAGACAAAUAAAUUAUGUAAUGUAGUUUUACUUGUCAGGAGAGCACUUUUUUUUAUUUUUUUUAUCGUCCUUUCUGAUCGUAUAUUACAGAUGCUCUUUUUAAAGUGCAGGUUUAAAAACUUGUUAUGGGUGUGAUCAGCUUUCUCAAGGCCCAGGUCAUUCGCAAUGGCUGUAAGACGGAUAUUAAAUUGAGUGGAAUACAAGCUUUGCUAGCUUCAUUCUAGAACAGAUUACUCAAUGCUUGGAGGUAUAUAUAGGCACACAAUGUAAUUCUAGAAGUGCCUUUGUUAUUAAACGCAAUGCAAAUGCCUUGUGAAACAUUACACCUAAACUACCUCAUGUGCAUUUUCAAGUCAUGGAUCAUGUAGUUCUCGCAGGAACUGGAGCUGAACACACCGGGCCCAAUUUUGAUGAACGUUAAAGAAAACGUGCACACUCAAGCAUCUUUGUUGCGUCCUGCCACAUAUCUCCAUGUUGUGAUUUUGAACAGAACAAGGGCAGAAUGUGGAAUACUUAUUACUGUGUGCAUGUGUUUUUUUGUGACCUUUUAUUUUUAUUUUUAAUGAACAUUCUCCAUUAUAGUGAACAUCCCACCACGGGAACUUAUUGGGUACAGUGCAGUAACAAUGUGGAACGUAUGUUGCUGUAUGAAACAAAAACAUUAUUUUAGAAAUAAAUACACUUAAUUGUG